ACUAGACUUCUUCCUCUUGCAGCGAACACGGAUACAAAUAAAUAAUAUUUACAGUCUACAAAUAGCCCCGUUUGUCUGUGUCCGUUCCCCUUAGGCGAGUUGGAGCUGAUCUCGAAUGAGCCAAGAAGCCAGUGUCAGUUUAGUUGCUGUCUAGAGUUGUAGCAUGGAGAACUCACCACUAUACAAGGUGCUGCUGUUUAUUUUCUGUAUUGCCCAACACCAUAGACUAAGACUGCUACCUUGACCAGCUUUAGGUGCCACCAAUCAAAGUAUGUAUCGAAGUGUAUUAUUAGCUGACCUGACUUCCGUGGCUAGCGUUGCAUCAGACACUCUCAUUAACCGGAUCAAGGGAUUAGGCUAAUGUAUGUAGGACACAACCAUGCCAGUUCUAUUACUGUACACCUGCCUUGCAUACACAGACAGGGUCAUUCUAUGGAGAGACUGAGAGGGGGAUUCUCAACUCUGUCUCGGUUGGAAUUACGACAGAGAAUGUUACCAUCUACCUGAGGGGUGCUUGGGACACCACUCACUGCAGCUGUCCUGGAUCAGAACAGACCGGGGUCUUCAGACGAUGUGUGUUUGAAAUGAGACCGUCAUAAAAGCUUGGAUCUUGGCCGUGAGGUGCUCAGAAGAUGAGGGUGCUGAUGGAGGACACCAACAUAUUCCCUCCUAAUGUAUCUGUCUACAGGUUGUCAGCCGAGGGGGAGACUGCUGUUGGUGUUUACUUGUUGAUACUAGGGUGGCUCUCCUGUCUAGGUAAUGGAGUGGUGAUUCUACUGUUGGUCAAGCAGAGACACAGUCUGGAGCCACAGGACUUCCUCACUCUCAAUCUGGCUGUGUCCGACGCUGGUGUCGCGAUCUUCGGCUACUCCAGAGGGAUACUGGAAGUCUUCAACUUGUUCAGGGACGACGGCCUGCUGAUCAAGACCAUCUGGACCUGCCAGGUGGACGGCUUCCUGAUCAUGCUCUUUGGGCUCAUCAGCAUCAACACACUGACAUCCAUCAGUGUCGUUCGCUACAUCAAAGGAUGCCAGCCCAGCUAUGCUCAUUAUAAUAACCACUGUAAUGUUGCCGUGGUGAUUGUGGCAGUGUGGCUGUGUGCCCUCUUCUGGGCUGGAGCGCCAUUGGUGGGCUGGGGGAGUUACACAGCUCGUAAGUAUGGGACGUGUGAGAUAGACUGGGUCCAGGCCAGGUUCUCUGUGUCGUACAGACUCUACGUCAUCCUCAUCUUCACCUUCAACUUUUUCAUCCCAUUCGUGGUCAUAUGGUUCUCCUACGUGUCCAUCAUCCGGACGGUCAACAACAGCCACAAGUCCAGCAGAGGGGGAGCGGUCAGCGAGAGAGAGAAACAGAUGGAGCGCAAUAUAACAACAGUGUCUCUGAUCCUGUGUUCAGCCUUCCUGCUGGCCUGGUCUCCCUACGCAGUCAUCUCCAUGUGGUCUGCCUGUGGUCACCAGGUGCCUCCUCUCCACAGCAUCCUGGCCAGCCUGUUUGCUAAGUCAGCCAGCUCCUACAACCCCUUCAUCUACCUGGGCCUGAACUCCAAGUUCAGACAAGACUUCAGAGCCCAGUUCCACUGCCUGCGCCACAAUCCGGACCUCUCCCACAGGCCAGACGAGGUGCAGAUUGACCUGGACAUUAUGGAGGUGAAUGGAGGGGUGGAUGACCUGGACUCUGGGGUAGAGCUGGGUAGUGAAAGGGGUGUGGAGGAGAGGGGGGAGAACCAGAGGAGUCCUCUUAUGCCCCCGAUGAUAGCCCCGGCUCCCAGUCAUCGCCUGUUCCUGAGGAAACUCAGUGACUCUGGGCGCCUGUGAGCUCUGUCUCUUUGUUUCUCUGUCUCUGUUUCUGUCUCUCUGUCUCUCUGACACUCUCUCUUGUCCUACGUACUGAGCUACAGCGGAGAUCAGCUGUCACUGUUAACUGUUCACCUCCACAGCACUCUGAUCGCCUGUACACACGUACAUUUUACUCAAAGUACAGCAGCCCUCUGGACGUAACCUUUUUUUUUUUAAAUCAAGAGAAGACAUUGGUUUUGGCCUCACCUGAAUUAUUUGGAAUCACUGAUGUUGAAUGAUUUACAGUAUGUGGCGGCACUAUCAAUUUAAGGUCUGAGUUAAAUCAUAUUUGUUUUACUGUUUUACAUGUUACUCUAAAGCUGUGAAUAAUUAGUUUUUUAAACGUUUUUUAAUUUUUUUUUAGUUUUAGGUUUGUACGCCGUCCAAAAAUAACUUCCAAUAGCUCAUCAAUCAACGAUGACUUGACUCAAAGGGGGUUAUAUCAGGCACUGAUGUUGUACAUUCAUUCUCAGUCACUCACAGAGGGCUUGUGUGCAGAAAUAAUGAGGUGGAGAAGUGAGAAAAGGCUCUGCCUUGACCUGAAGUCGCUAAUCUGGGUUUUGUCCCCCCUCUGCCCUGUGGGAGCCCUGAGGGAGCUUGGGAAACUGGGAGAAUGUGAGCCAGCCCUCACAGGGAGACUGGCUGGAGCACAGCUGAAUCUGUUGGACCAAGAGGAGAAAGCAGAGAACAACACAACAACCACAGAAUGGAAUGAGGUUACUGUUCAAUUCAAUACAGCUUUAUUUGUCCCCUUAUUGCAGCGCAACAACACACUGAAACAAGAGCAACCUUCCAUAGACACGGGUAACAGAAAAACAAUGACUGUGAAAGAAGAACUGCAAUAAAUAUCAAAGAGUGUAAAGUCAUGUGCAAAUGACAAGUAGGAUUACUGUAGUACUGUGUACUGUACUGUGGCCUGGAAUUAGGAAGGAUAUAGGAUAUACUGUAUGAGGGUACCUCCACUCCAGAGGCUGUGGUUUUAUUGGUCAGCCAGUGAGUUUGCUGAAUAAAUAUUACCAAGUCUCCCCUCAAUAAAACAAACACAAGCCACUAAUCCAGUUGGGUUCAACAAUGGAAUUAUAACCGAACAAGUUAACAAUAGUCUCCCUUUGUAAUAACAGCCUGUCUCAGAUAAUGACACGGUAAUGGCUGCCGUAAGUCCCCUUUCUCUUCUAUGAGUAAUUAUAAACCACAACACAGUGUCUGCGUCCGAAUGGCAACCUAUUCCCUAUUUAGUGCAUUACAUUUGACGCGGGCCCUGGUCAAAAGUAGUGCACUUUAUAGGGAAUAGGGUGCCAUUAUGGACACACUGGUGUCUUCUGAGUGAAAGUUACCUCAGGGCUCCACGGCAGCUGGAAUUUCAGCAGGACUAAUGACAUGGGACAGGCACACAAUAACCCAUCAGGGGUCCCCAUAACUGACCAAACACAGCUACCCCAGCCCUGCCAACACCACGAGCAUGGUGACACAAAAUGAACCAAUCCACCUCUCCAAGAAAAUACCACAAAAACAUCAGCUUGUUAGUGAAAUCCCUCUUUCUGGAAGAAAGAGCAUCUCUAAUCUAUGUUCGUUUAAAUGUGCUAUUCAACUUUUUAGAUGAUAGUUUCUCAUUCAUUUUACUUUGACAAUGUUUUAAUAGAAAAUUACCAUACAUUUUCCCUCAGAUAUAGGACCAUCAUGGUUCGAACUUGAAAGCAGUUUGCAUUCACAAGUCUAGCUUGAAUCACAUCCGGCCGUGAUUGGGAGUCUCAUAGGGCGGCGCACAAUUGGCCCAGCAUCGUCCGGGUUUGGCCGGGGUAUGCCGUCAUUGUAAAUAAAAAUUUGUUCUUAACUGACUUGCCUAGUUAAAUAAAAAUAAAUACAUGUACACAGGAUGUUGAAUUGUUUAGAAUGUACAUACCAAAAUGAAUAACAAUUUGAUGUGCCUUAUUGCUUGUGGCUAUGGCAAGGAAUAUAAAUGCAUUUGAUAUGCCUUGGUCUAUGGUGGCAUGGUCAGAGGAUGAGCCUUGAACUCUGAGUAGGUUGCUGUGUUUCUCCCAUCAAGUCUCCCAUUAUACUAAACACAUUACAGUGGCCCAUUCUGCUUGGCCCAUGCUGAAACAGCUAUGUCAGUUCCCUUUUAGUCAGCUCCUCAGUCUCACCCCACAUGGCUGAGCAUGGAGUCACAGGCCAAGUUCUCCUUGUGACCAUCACCUGCUUACUUAGAAACACCCAGCCAAGCCUACACUCUCCAUUAGCUUUAUAGUAUCAUAACUCAUACCAUGCUGAAAUGUUUGUUGGUGUUUUCAAUUAGGCGGAGUAAUGUACUGUAAAUGCAUGCACCAAAAGGUUUAUAUGUAGCGCUGGAGGAGUAAUGAAAUGUGUGUCAUUAGAAUGUGUGGAAUAUGUGUCCCAGUCCCCAGAGAGAACAACGCAUUCUGACCUUGAGGGAAAGUUCCAAGGUCAAAUCAGACCAAAUACUAUUUCAAAUACUUCAAACUGAGCUUGAUUUGAGCGUACCCAGACACCAUAGAACAGGUUUUAGAUACUCCCCUUCUUCUUAUGGAAUCUCUUUCUUUCCUUCUUUUUGAAUGUCAGCAGUGAGGGCAGGCGACACUUCACCCCAGGUGAUUUAUGUGAUCGUAGCCUUUUUGACAUAACUACAACAACUAAAGCUGACAUUAACAUAAUCACUGGCUACACUGAUGCUGUGAUGGUGAAAGGCCAUACUAACACCUGGACAAUGGUGUCCCAUGGCAUCCUAGUGGCUUUGGCUUCAACGAGAGGAGAGGUUCAGGUUAUCCCUGGUUUAUCUGUCUGACAUUGAUUUCACUGAGCUCCGCUAGGACUCUGUUCAGAAGAAAAUAUUGAGAGGAUGGCACAUGAGACUCUGCUGUUCUGGAGGACAGAAAGACAUGAUGAGAAUAUCAGGCAGCUGUAGAAGUUGUCAUGGUGACCCCCUCUUCCUUUUCUCUCUGACAGUGAAAGGGAUGGGGAUUUUUAUAACAAUGAUGAACACGUGUAUCUAUGGAGCAUGUACAGUGCCCACAGAAAAUACUCACACCCCUUGACUUAAUUCCACAAUUUGUUGUCUUACAAAUUGGAUUAAAAUGGAUUUAAUUGCAAUUUUUUUGGUCAACGCUCUACACAAAACACUCAAAUUCUAGCAUUUGAAGAAGAAAAAAACCUCACUAAUAUAUCUUGAUUACAUUAAUAUUCUACCCCGAGUCAAUAAAAGUUUGAAUAAUCUUUGGCAGUGAUUACAGCUGUGAAUCUUUCUGGGUAAGUCUAAGAGUUUUCCACACCUGUAUUGUGCAACACUUGCCCAUUAUUCUUUAAAAAAAUUCUUCAAGCUCUGUCAAGUCGGUUGUUGAUCAUUGCUAGACAGCCAUUUUCAAGUCUUGCCAUAUAUUUUCAAGUAGAUUUAAGUCAAAACUGUAACCUUGGGAACAUUCACUGUCAUCGUGUAGAUUUGGCUUUGUGUUUUAGGUUACUAUCCUGCUGAAAGGUGAGUUAAUCUCCCAGUGUCUGCUGGAAAGCAGAAAGAACCAGGUUUUCCUUUACAAUUUUGCCUAUGCUUAGCUCCAUUCCGUAAAUGUUUAUCCUGAAAAAGUCUCCAGUCCUUAAUGAUUACAAGCAUACCCAUAAUAUGAUGUAGCCACCACUAUGUUUGAAAAUAUGGAGUGUUACGAGUAAUGUGUUGUAUUAGAUUUGCCACAAACUUAAUACUGUUUGCAGGACAAAAAGUUAAUUGCUUUGCUGCAUUUUUUUCAGUAUUACUUUAGUGCCUUGUUGCAAACAUGAUGCAUGUUUUGGAGUAUUUGUAUUCUUUACAAGAUUCCCUCUUUUCACUCUUGUCAAUUUGGUUAGAAUGAUGGAGUAACUACAGUGUUGUUGAUCUAUCCUCAGUUUUCUCCUAUCACAGCCAUUAAACUUUGUAAAGGUUUUAAAGUCA